AAAAAAGACAAUCUUAAUUCUUAUAAAAAAUCGCUAGAUUCUCGUAAAAAAACUGCUUAAAUAGCAUUACUAUUCAUCGACACGAAAAAGCCAAUAUGGCGGAUUUAUUUACAAAAUAUAAUUGUACAAACUGCCAGGAUGAUAUACAGGGCAUUCGUGUUCAUUGUGCAGAAUGUGAAAAUUUCGAUUUGUGUCUACAAUGCUUUGCCGCUGGUGCUGAAAUAGGUGCUCAUCAAAAUAAUCAUGCUUAUCAAUUUAUGGACACUGGUACUGCUAUUUUAUCGGUAUUUCGUGGCAAGGGUGCUUGGACGGCAAGAGAAGAAAUACGUUUACUAGAUGCUAUAGAGCAAUAUGGCUAUGGUAAUUGGGAGGAUGUUAGCAAGCACAUUGAAACAAAAUCUGCUGAAGACGCCAAAGAGGAAUAUGUCAACAAAUUUGUUAAUGGCACUAUCGGACGCCACACCUGGACACCAGCUCAAGCACAAAGACCCACUUUAAUCGAUCAUACCUCCGAAGAUAAUGGACCUUUGGGCGCAACGGCUAUGCAGCGUCUACCACCUUUAGACAUAACUGCAGAAGAGGCUGCCCAGCUUGGUUAUAUGCCAAAUCGUGACAGCUUCGAACGCGAAUAUGACUUUACAGCAGAACAAUUAAUAUCGAAAAUGUCCCUCAAUACCGAUGAUACUGAGGCAGAUUAUUUACUUAAAUUGGCUCAUGUUGAUCUCUACACUAGACGUCUAAGAGAACGAGUUCGUCGUAAACGCCUAGUGCGAGAUUAUCAGUUAGUGGCAAAUUUCUUUCGUAACCGUAAUUAUGCUCAGCAUCCUGGACUAUCCCGCGAACAAAAAGAUUUUCGUGAUCGCUUUCGUGUAUUUGCCCAAUUCUAUACGGCCAAUGAGUAUGAACGUUUGCUAAACUCUUUGGAACGGGAAAAGGAAUUGCGUAUACGUUUGUCAGAGUUGUGUCGUUAUCGCUACAAUGGCUUGACAAAAAUUGAUGAAUGUCGACAUUUUGAACAACAUGCUGCUAUGGCGACAAAUCGUUCGACUGGUCCAUAUGGGCAUGGAAAGACUGACAAUAUGCAUCACAACACUGGAAAUCAUCGGCAGCCAGAUUAUUCCUUGCACUCCCCGCAGCACAACAACCGAAAACUCGAAAUGUCAAACGGAAACGAAAAUUCAAAUUCCAUCGCACCAAACAACAUGCACCACACCGGCGACCAGAUCUCUUACGUCGGAUCAUCGCUCAACAGAAAUUACUUGGAUAGCUAUCGGGGAUCACCGGCACAUACGACGAUGACGACGACGAUGGUAACGGCGAUCAAUUCAACCACAACACCAGCUGCCGGUCUAUUAACAACCCAACCAACAACAACGAUGAUGAAAACACAAACGAAUGCCAAUCAGAAUCAACAACUCCACCUCCAGCAAUUGCUAACCGCAUCAACGAAGAAUGCGCCACAGUUGCAGAUAAACGAUAUCGUGCUAACAAAUCAAAACGUGGAAAGGCUGCCACUAAUUCAGGAAAACAUCAACAGCAAUCCAACAACACAAAUGAAUUCAAACGGCCAAAGAGGACAACAGUCAACAGCAUCGCCAGCUAUGCCGAUGAGUAAUAUUUUACGUUCACAACUGGAUGAAUUGAAACAUUUAACUCAACCGUUAGGCAUGAAUCUUUUAUCGAGCAAUGAACAACAGUUAUGUAAAGUAUUUAAUUUGCCACCCACAACGUAUAUUUCGCUUAAAACGCUAUUUUUAAGUGGCGCUCCAGUUGCUACUAACAAUCUGUCGCCCGUUGAGAGUUCAUUGCGUAAGUAUUUCAUUAAAGUCGGUUGGCUGAGCCAUUAGAUUGUAAUUUUUUUUUUUUAAUAUAACAAAAUGCAUAAAAUUGAUAAAAAAAAGACAACAAAUUAAUAUAUAUUUUAAUAAUUAUGUAUAACAUGUUUCUGUUACAUAAGAUCUUUAUUUACAUUUAUAAUUUUCAUUAUUUUUUUUUUUUUUUAUUUACUCAUUAUUUAUUAAAAAAUUUG